UGGGGAAACAUCUUACUGGUUUAUGUAGUUGGUGUGAUAGGAACAAUGGAACAUGUUUUUGUUAGCUGUAGGAAAUAUGUGAAUCAAAGAAGGUUACUGAAUAUGGAAAUGAGUUUUAAAAGGGAAUUGAAAUUUGAGAAUGUGGUUGCUCAGUUAAAUAGUAAUGAAGGAAAAGGGAAGCUAUUUUGUUUUUAAAAAAAUACCGGGCUCAUUAGGAGAAUCUGAGGAAUAAGUAUUAGGAUCCAACAGAUGGCAGUAGUGCAACAAUAAUGGAUGUAAGCUGCCGUUAAAAAUCUAACGCGGAAGAAGAAGAAGAAGAAGCGUGUGCCCUCAGUUUUCUACUCUGAGAUCUGACAAGUAAAGAAAAGUGAAAAAUGGCAGAAAAAGGUGGCGGACUGGCUCGGACGGUGCUGCAGCAGUGUUUACACGCAAGACUGCAGGUUCAAGAAGCGGAUGAACAGCUGGAGGCUCAAUACGUCCAGAUCAACAGAGGAAUGGUGAUCUACAUCUGCUUCUUCAAGGGAGCCACAGACGACAUCCUGCCUAAGAUGGUGUCCACGCUGCUGAACCUGCGGUUGUGUGAGCUGCCUUCUGGAAAGAGGGUUUCAGUGUUGGAGCUUCCUGGUAGCCUGCUGAUCGUCCCUCAGGCCACGCUGGGUGGAAAAGCCAAAGGGAAAGGCAUGCAGUACCACAAUAACAUCAGCAAAGAGGAUGGACUGAAGCUUUACAGUUCCUUCAUCUCGCUGUGUGAGAAAGAACUGAUGGCUGCUGCUGGAGAGACUGUCAGGGAAGCAGAGGUGACUGUGAGACAUGGAACAUAUGGACAGAGACAGGUGCUUCAGCUGGACACUAACGGGCCCUACACACAUCUCAUGGACUUUUGAUAUGUUCUAUUUUACGAGACUGACGGAGAUGGUGUGACGUUCAUAGAAAUAGAACUCUUGUGUGGUCAUAAAAAAAUUAUAAGAAUUGUUUGACUUGAAACUUCUUUAUGUUUAAAUUACGUUAUUCUACUUUGCUAAAGUUGGAUAUAAACUGAUUUUUUAAAAUAAAAAAAAAUUAUUAACUGACAAUAUGAAAAUGAUAAGUGUUCACUUAUUUAUUGCUAAAACAAAAAAGCAGUUUGAUUAAUUCAAAAUCUUAUUUUUGUUUUUAUUAUUGGAUCAUAAAUGCCUAUUUACAUUCCUAAUAGGCUAGAUACAUUUAAUAAAAUGUAUCUAUAUUAAUGUAACUAAAUAUAAGUUCACCUUUUGCACAUUUUGGAUACUAGAUAAAAUGUUUUAAAAAUGUUUUAACACUUUCAGGUUAACAUUGUGCAUAAGAAAUUGUUCUUAAUGUUUGGCUUGGUAAACUAAAGGUUUAGUUACUAACUAACUUAGUUAGUUACAGAUGACAACCAAAUGUUCAUGUGGUAAUUUGUGCAUGAGAACUAAGAACAGGCUUGAUAUGUUUAUCUAACAUACAGAGAUGCAGGGUAAGACGUGCCCCACAGUUCAUGGAGAAAAUGUGUUUUUCUGUAGAGACUUGACUCUGAAGAGGUCUACAAAACCUUGAAGGGUUUUGUAGGGUUUGCAGUUGAAUGUGAUUAUUACUAUUAUUACUGUUGAGUCUUAAGUUGUUCACACUUUGGUUUAACAUGAUCAAAAUGGGGGUGCUUUAAAGAUUGCAGUAUUUUUUUUUUCUUUUUUUCUAGACAGCACCAACUACACACACUGAAGCAUGUCUAACAAUUCCCUACAACAAAUCAUAAGUGCAAUUAUCCUAUUUUCGCUUGUUGAGCCAUGUUUGUCUGUUUUGUUUGAAAUUAAAAGUUAUUGAUUUUUAA